UCGGCGUCCAUUGUCUGUCAAGCAGCCAUUCGGUGCGUGUUGGCCAAUGCACAGGUAAGUCGCCUCCGAACGCAGCACAACACACAACUCUCCGCCGCAGUCACACUGCAGUGUGCGUGGAGAUGCUAUGUGGCACGCCAGGCUAUUGGAGCACUCGUCAGGAAGGAGCAGCAGCGGAUGGCGGAGAUGGCCAUUGCCGAACGACAAGCCCUCGAGCUCGCGCGCGCCAAGAAACUGGCAGCGGAGCAAGGAAUGGUUAAAAUGGCCCAAUCAGAAGCCGCGAAACGCAAGGCCGAGGAGAUGGCAGCCAAUGAGCAGCAGGAACGAGAAAGGGCCAUGGAGGACAAGGAGAAUCUGGCCAAUCAGAAUGCAGAGAAUGAGCGCGAACUGGUCAAGCGCAGCAAGAGCAAACGCAUGUCCAGACUACACGACACAGUCGAGGCACAGCAGCGCAGAGCCAAUGUGAGUGGCUGCAACGGGCACACGCACGUGACGGUGGUAGCUGUUAUGGAGUGUGUGCAGUUAUCUGUGAUAGUUGAUAUUGAGUGG